ACGUACAUGAUGAAUGUCAAGUAAACAUUGUUAGAUACAAGAUCAAAGGGCCACGGACAUUUUUCGAGUGCUUACCAUCGCUUUUUUGAUAAAGGCGAAAAAGGCAUCGAGGAUGAAAAGAACAAUAGUAGAAAAGUGUCUUGACUGUCUACCAUGGAAUAGCUUUCAUCUCUUUGGAAGAAUUACACUUAUUUUCUUUGUUAUAUUUGGUUCAACCGCUCUUGGUAUUUCAUUAAGAUUAAAUGGUGAUACUUCAUUUAACUGUGAUGAUAAGAUUAUAUCAAAGUCCAAAGGAGCUUCUGUGGAAAUAAACAUUAAGUCAAUUUGUUUCAGACAAUACCAAGACGAGUUAAAUUUUAACCAUUCUGGUUUACUGAGUUUGAAUUUUGGCGUUGUCUUUUUUUUAAGUUUAGUCUAUGGAUAUUUGGUAAAAAAUCGAGUUGAAAAAUAUGAUCGGUUGAAUCCAGCAAAACACAGUAAUGAAUUUAAUGAAGCUCUACUUCCAAGAAUUGCGCAAAAAACUUCUCAGUCCAGAAAAAAUUCAUCCACUUUUUACAUUUACGUCACUUAUUUGGCUCUUCGCUUUACCAUUUUGCUAAUAUUUGUUGUGUUACUUCUUCAAGAAGAGUUUCCUAAAGACUUUUCUUGUUCACUGCUUCCCGAAAUGAAAAACCUUUCAAGGCACAAUAUUCCAUCUUCAUACAACGCCACAACAGUCGAUUGUAACAAUUCAAACAGGAAAAAAAGUAAAAACGUAUUUGAAUUCGUUGCAUCCAUUAAUAUAAUUGUGCUAUUACUGACAACAUUAGAGCUAUUUUACUUGAUUAAUGCUGCUUACAAUGACAGUACAUUUAUAACCGAGAAAGAAUUUUGCGCAGUUUACAUGCUACGACAACGUGAAGGUAUAAGAAAGUGCUUGAAAAAUUUCAAAAAAUUUUGCAUCGACAAAAUAUUUGAAAAACAUGAUGAUAGUCAAAAUACUAGGCGAGUUUCUGACGAUAUUUAUGUAAACGUCAUUAUGGUAGCAACAAGGCACUUAAAUAAUUCUUAUCCAGAAACUUUUGAAAGAUAUGAAAUCUUUAACAGUCCACUCAAAUUUACUAGAGAAGAAAACAAACAAAAAAUUUAUGCCACAUUGUUCAGGCCUUUUAAGAGUGAGGAAGAUCAAUUGUAUCCACGUACUAUUUUAGUUGUUGGAAGACCAGGAAUUGGUAAAACUAUGUUGACAAAAACUUAUGCUAGAAUGGAAAAACCAAACGAAACAAUUUUGGCAAGACAAACUCGUUCUUUUAGUGAGAUGCUAUUGGUUUAAUUGCGACGAUAUCACCCUCAAAGAUCUAUUAUUGAAUUGUGAUGGAUUUUCAGAGAAACAUCUAGAAGGCAUUUACGAGUUUAUACUGUUGAAUCCAGAAAGAGUUAUUCUCAUCUUUGACGGUCUUGAUGAGCUUUCUUUUGAUACUAAAUGCCUUAGAACUGAUGGCUCAGUCAUUGCUAAUGCAAAAAUGCCAGCAUUUACCAUAUUGAGCAUGUUAGUUAAAGGUAAACUGCUACCUGAUGCUACUGUUCUAAUAACAUCAAGACCCAGGGCUAAAUGUGCAUUUAAACUUCUAGGGUUUGACAGGACAGUAGAGAUAUUGGGGUUUUUUGAGGAUCAGGUUAAGGAAUAUGUUAUUAAGUUUAGCCGUGACGACAAAAGCAUUGCUGAGUUAAUUUUGAAUUGCAUUAAUAGUUCUCCUGAACUUCGUAGAUUGUGCUAUAUUCCCAUCAACACAUACAUUUUCUGCCGGACAAUGAAAGAAAGCUUUAUCAACAAUGACUACAUAGAAGAUCCUCCAAAGAAUGCCACCGAAUUGUACAAAAAAGCAGUAAAAAUCUUACUUUGGAAGCAUCAUGAAGGCUAUGAAAAUGUAUCGAAGCCAAACAGAGAUAAUCUUGUUAAAGAUUUACUACUAAAGCUUGAGAACGACAUGCAGAAAAUGAAAAGUCUUGCAAAGAAAGGGUUGGAAGAAGGCAAUCUGUUUUUUGAUGAAUCUCAUCUAGCAGAGUUUCCUAAUUUGUACAAUUGUGGAGUAUUUAGUCAAAUACCAGACGAAGAAUGCGAGCUUUUUUGCUUUCUUCAUUCAACAAUUCAAGAAUUUCUAGCUGCAUCGUGCAUCGUUGAUGAUUGGCAAAACAUUGGCGACUUUUUAGAUGAUAAAGUUACAGAUUCCAAGUGGCAUUUGGUGAUAAAGUUUAUUGCUGGUAUAGUUGGAGACAUGAAAAAAAAGAAGAAAGUUAAAGACAUCAACAGUGUUAGAAAAAGAUUUGAAAAGUGGAUAUCACACUUAUAUUCUAACGAAGAAGACAGCACACUUGGUUUUCUAGGAAUUCAAUGCCUAUAUGAAUUGCAGGAUAAAGAUGAAACGAGGGCUGCCUGCACAAUAUCGACGAAUUUUUCUGAUGAAAUGUUUAUUGUUAGUAUUUUUUUUACACCAAUUGAAUUAUAUGCAUUGAUUGAUUUACUUUCCGAACUCAGGCAAACCACUAAACUUACGUUUAAGUCUUGCAUUUUUCUUGACAGGGAUAGCUGUACUUCAUUAAAAUCUUUCUUAUUCAAUUUAGAAGAAUGCAAUAUAUUUUGCUUAAAAUUUCAUUCAUGUACGUUUGAUAAUCACUUUUGCAAAUGUCUAAACGUAGCUUUGAAAAGAACAAGUUGCAAAAUUACUUAUAUUGACAUAAGUCAUAGCCAACUUACACAUCAAUGUGAAGAAUAUCUUACUGAAGCUUUUCAAAGUCAUACUUGUAAUUUAACUAACUUGGUUAUUAAUGACAACGAACAAAGUAAACAUUAAAUAAAUACUGUGUACUGGAAUAGUUACAGCAAUUUAGCUUAUAUUGGUACUAAUAUCUUAAUAAAAUCGUUUAAUAAUGACGAUUGUUAACCGAUAUUAAAAUAUUAAAGUUUGACCUUUUAA